AUGAGCGAGGGAAAACUUAAAAGUUUGCAAGGUCUCCGUGGCGUUUCAAUCAUUCUCGUCCUGGCAUUCCAUCUUUACCCCAAACACUUUGUCAAUGGAUUCGUCGGAGUUGACAUGUAAGUCUAGUAAGUCACUUAAUGAAAGCAACAAUAGCAAUUUCAGGUUUUUCGUACUUUCUGGCUUCCUCAUGAGCCGAAUACUGUCAAAAGGAAUCACGUUGAGCUCAGUCUUAGAGUUUUACAAAAAGCGAUUCUGUAGAAUAGUCCCUCUUUAUUACCUCACGAUAUUUUCCACAAUUUUUGGUAGGUCUACUGGAGAGUAUGUGUUCAUAGACUAUGAAUCAUAGUUUCAUGUUUGCAGCAGUUCUCUGUCUCGUACUUCAAUCCGAACGUCAAGAUUUCAUACUCGACGUCACUUGGACCCUGCCGCUGGCAUCCAACUUUCAACCGAUCUUCGAGCAUCACACCUACUGGGAUCAGGUCUCCUCGAUCCGGUACCUCACUCAUCUGUGGUCUCUCUGCACCGAACUCCAGUAUUAUCUCAUGGCCCCGCUCAUCCACCUCUGCGCCUUCUUGCUGCCCUUCUCACUCCGUAUCCUCGGCUAUUCCAUCGCCAUCGUCGUCACUUUCCUGUUCCAAGUGCUCACUCCUUUCGAACUUUCUUACUGCUUUCUGGCUUCAAGAGUCUGGCAGUUCCUCAUGGGAUCCGUGGCUUUCGAGCUGUCGAAGCGGAUCGGAAAGGAAUUCAAUUCGGAAUUGGAUUUGAAGAAGAAACAGAAGAAGAAGAAGAAGUUCACGGUUGCGGACGCAUUUCCCUCUUGUUUCUGGCUGAUUCUGAUGGCUGCUCUGAUGUUUCCACGUGUGUUCCGUGAGAAUUUGAUCAGAUUGAUCAUGACUUCCGCCGCCGCGAUCCUCUGUUUCUUUUGUGCUCACAGUCAGCUCGAGAGCUCUUCUUUCACGUGAGUUUUUGUUUGAAAUUGUGAAUGUUUCAUGAGAACCCUUCAGUUUGUCCCCUCUAGUAUUCAUCGGAAACAUCUCAUACGUAAUCUACCUUGUUCACUGGCCAGUUAUCAACUUUGUGCGUUACGUUCAACAGAAGGACCAUUCGGAUUUGAGUAUAAUUGGUGAGAAGAUCCAUGUUUCCAUUCAAAUAUUUGCGUUCAGAAGCGUCUGGGGCCAUUACUAUCAUACUCGCGCUGUCCCUUCUGGUUCACUACUGCAUAGAAGUGCGCACUUUCCGACUACGCGUCAUUCUAACAACAUAAUUGUUCAGAAACCGGUGCUCCGACUGGAUUUCUUCGUCAACUUCCUCUCGUCUGUCACCCUUUUCGGUCUGUGUUACGGUCUGAUUCCAUUGCUCCAAACGCAAGAAUGCUACGCCAUAAAAACGUUGUCCCCAACUGUUCGGGAACGUGCUCUUUUCAACUUGAACCCCGCAAACCAGUACGUGACUUUGGAUUCUCUUCCGUGUGAAAUGACGCAGACAAGUGCAAACUUCACAUUUGACAUGUUGGGAAUCGAGUACUGCACCCAUGUGAGCUCUUUGAAAGAAUACGACUCUCAGCACAAUUGAAUUUGUUCCAGACUGGAAAUGGCACUGAAACCAUACUGGUCAUCGGGAACUCGGUGGCUUCCCGCGCGUUUCCCACAAUAUUCAAGUUGUUCGAAGGGCGGUACAAAGAGAUCCGAUUGUUUCUGAAGCACGGUUCCGCCCCGUUGCUCAAUCAUUUCGCGUAUUACACGGAUGCGGCAGUCAAGAUGACCGAGGAAAUGAGGCCGGAUCUGUUGUGGAUCAUUCAGGGAGUACAGUAAGCCAGCUACGGUGCAUUCGGAGAAAGAUUCAAAUUUUCAGUGAAAUAUACUUCCACUCGGAUCGUUCUCCUACCGAUUUCAGUUCAACUGCUCUCGACAGAGUUGUCCAGCGCGAAAUGGACAGAUUGAAAGUGUUGGCCGACAAGGUGUACGUGGAUCUACCGCACUACGUAACUUCCGAUUAUCCGGCCAAACUGAUGGCAAGGACACUAAUAUAUCGGAAGGAUUUGGAGAAGAAAAUGACAGUUGAAAUGGAAGAAGUGGACGAACGGAUCGGAGAGCAAUCGGAGAGACUUCUCGCGUUGAAUUGCACUAAUUGCGAGUAUAUCGAUGUACAAAAGGUGUCCUGAAUCAGUUAACAUUCUAGAAAUGAGCAUUGGAUUUCAGGUUUUGACAAACGAAGAGUCGAAAUUGUAUCUCUAUCAAAAAGACACGUAUAAAGUGAUAAACUACGACGGAGCACAUUUAUCCCUGGCUGCUUUCGAUUAUAUCGGACCGGUGUACCAAAAGAAGAUCAAUCAGUUUCUGAACACUUUGCAAAGUUUGCAUAUCAAAUGA